AUGCCAGAAGGCUUCGAGAUAGACCAUCUAAAGCCACUCAAUGGCACGAUGGCUGCAUAUGCUGAACAGGUUCUGAUAUGUACGGGGAAGCCAGAUUGGCCUUCUCGUAUUGAGGAAGACAAUUCCGGGGACAACCUGGCUGCGGACAUCAAGGAGUUGAUGGGUCGCGGCGGGAUGUAUAGUGAUCCUUAUAACAAUGUUUCGAUCACGAACGCAUCCUUUCCUUCUACGAUUGCCUCACAUCGACCUGAGAUUAUAACGACUUCUGCCUACAUUUUACCAUCUUUCAAAUAUAUACCUUUCCUACCACGAGUUUCGUUCGAUUCCGUGCAAGCUCUGGUGAAAGGAUACUUGCUUCCCACGAAAUUAAAUUCCGCACAUGAUAGCCUAUCUCCCAUACACAAAGAUCGUUUACGGCGGAGUGAGCAAGAAGCACGUUUUUUGCCCGCUGUAAAAGAUGUGAAGGAUAUCUUGGUAUUAAUCUGCGGACAUGGAGGGCGAGAUAUGAGAUGUGGAAUUACAGGCCCAAUUUUACAAGCCGAAUUUGAGAGAGUUCUGCCGGCGAAAGAUGUACAGGUCUUGAAAGGUGCAGUGGAGGUUGGUGACGAUAGCUCUACAGGGCUUUUGGAAGGAUCGAGUGAACCGAUCGGGAAUACUGCAAGAAUUGCUUUGAUAAGUCAUAUCGGGGGGCAUAAAUUCGCUGGUAAUGUCAUACUUUACAUCCCACCUAAUACGAAGAUGAGGGAUGGUGGAGCCCAUCCGCUGGCCGGUUGUGGAAUUUGGUAUGGGAGAGUGGAACCGAAACGCGUCGAGGGUAUUGUGCAAGAGACAUUGUUGGAAGGAAAGGUCAUUGAAGAAAUGUUUCGCGGUGGGAUUAAACAAGGCGGUGAAAUUCUGAGGAUAUAG